AUGUCGAAUCUGCCACCCCCAGAAUCAGAUCUGUGGCUACCAUUGCCUUCAAAAGAGGAAACCUGGCAUCCGCACACUGUUCACACUCAUUAUUUCGGAUUCAGCGUGCCGGAGGCAGCCAUAGGCGCCUUUGUCUACUUCCGUUAUCAGCCAGCUUUCCCGCUAUGCGCCGGGGGUGUUGGUCUUUUCCAAGGCCUGGACAAUGAGAAACCAUUGGAUAUCGAGCAUCUGAACUUUAUGAACACAAUGCCUUGGUCGAGCUUUAAGGAUAAUAUUCUCACGACCUACCUGGGCCUCAAAAUGGAGGUUCUCAAACCAGGAGAGAAAUUUCGGCUAUCUUACAAGAGCAAAGAUGGCAAGACACAGUUCGACGUCAUCCAAACGGCAGUAACCCCCCUCCUGCCUCGAGGCCACGUCAUGCCUGGAGAGGAUAGAGACACCGAGGCAGACAAGAAACCAGGCGGCAGCGAACAGUUCAUGCACUGCAUAGGAAAGUUGACUCUAAACGGGACAGACUACGACGUUGACUGUUACCCUGUGCGAGACAGGUCUUGGAGACAGAUCCGCACAGAGGAGGAGGUCGAUUAUCCUCCAGUGGGCUGGUCACCGAUGUGCUUCGAUGGCAAGUUUUCGUUUUGCCAAAUAGGUUACGAAGCGCCUGAAACCAACCCUCGAUGGAAGGACGUGUUUACCGUGGACCAGAAGAAGCCAUCAUUCUACUUUGCAUGGAUGGUGGACGACAACGGAUCUAUACGCAACAUUGUCAAGAUCAAGCGAAAAGUCACGAAAUUUCAUCCAAAAUUAUUUGCCGCUACCGAACAAGAGAUUGAGGCUGAAGAUAGCGAGGGGAAAGUUUACCGCUAUUGGGGGGAAGCUAUUGCAAUGGCACAUAUCCCUUCGUGGGCGAACAACAUAUUCGUCGAUGCCGUCUAUAAGUGGAGGGACGAGGCAGGAAGACUGGCGUAUUGUGCCUACCAAGAAGCGUGGUAUGCGAAGUUCCAGCGGUUCAGCAGGGGUAAGCCGGUGAAUUGA